UUUUGGGGUAGAUCAUUUUUGGUCCACUCUCCAGUACAGCAGGUGGUGGUAAUGCAUCUUUAACGCUGGUUACCACCCGCAAUAAAACCGUAGAAGAAGAAGAAGAGCAACAUGGCGGAUAAAGAAAAGAAGAAGAAGGAGAGCAUCUUCGACUUGUCAAAAUACAUCGAUAAGCCGAUUCGUGUGAAGUUUCAAGGUGGACGAGAGGCCAGCGGUGUUCUGAAAGGAUUUGAUCCUCUGCUGAACCUGGUGCUGGACGGCACAAUCGAGUACAUGCGUGAUCCCGAUGACCAGCUGAAGCUGACAGAAGACACCCGGCAGCUGGGGCUGGUGGUCUGCAGAGGAACCUCCGUCGUGCUCAUCUGUCCUCAGGACGGCAUGGAGGCCAUACCCAACCCCUUCGUACAGCAGCAGGACGGCUAACACACACAUCUCUCACACACACACACACACACACACACACACACACACAUACAACCACGCACACACUUGAACAUCUGGUGGAGUUUUUUGUUUUAAUUUUUAAACAUGACUUUAAUAAUGCGUCCGAUGAAGUGAAUUUCUCUUCAGAACCAUUCUAAGUUGGUGAGCGAGUGGACACUUGAAAGCACUUCGCUGUUAGUCCGGUCUGUAGUGUGCACGUUUGGGAAGAUUUGAGUUGUUAAGAGCCCACACUUUUGGGAAGUGUUAACAGAACCAUUUUCUUUUCGUCCACAAUAAGAACCUUUUUACUAUUCUUUGUCGUUUUUGAUAAAAAAAUAAAAGGAAAUAUGUUUCUUCAAGAA